CUUGAAUUGGUAGCUGAUUUACUGAUCCGUCGUAACGGAGCACCAACUUUUUUUAUCCUUCCUUCACAAGUCGAAAACCAACUUCAACAAUCUUAUCUCCGUUGCCCAACAAAAGAAAGUCGCGAACGACAUGGCUCCUUUUAGAGGCGGUGGUGGCCGAGGCGGCUUCGGUGACCGUGGUGGUCGCGGCGGCGGUCGUGGAGGCUUCGGCGACCGUGGUGGUCGCGGCGGUGGCCGUGGAGGCUUCGGCGAUCGAGGUGGUCGUGGUGGAGGUAGAGGUGCACCCCGAGGAGGUGUUCGCGGCCGCGGCGGUGUAGGCAGGGGUGGUGGUGGUAGAGGCGGACGCGGCGGCGCUCCUGGACAAAGGGGUGGCCAGAGGGUUGUCGUGGAACCUCACCGUCACGAGGGCAUCUUCGUGGUUCGCGGCAAGGAGGACGCCAUCGCAACCCGCAACCUGACACCCGGCGAGUCCGUUUACGGCGAGAAGCGUGUUUCCGUCGACAACGUCGUCCAGAAUGAGGACGGCACCACGACCAACACCAAGAUUGAGUAUCGCGUAUGGAAUCCUUUCCGUUCGAAGCUGGCAGCUGGCGUGAUUGGCGGUCUGGACAAGCUCUAUUUCGGACCGGGCUCCAAGGUGCUCUAUCUGGGCGGUGCUUCCGGCACUUCCGUCUCCCACGUAGCCGACAUUGUUGGACCGACCGGCUUUGUCUACGCCGUCGAGUUCUCCCCGCGAUCCGGCCGCGACUUGAUCGCCAUGGCCUCCAAGCGCACCAAUGUCGUCCCCAUUGUCGAGGAUGCCAGGCAGCCCCUCAAGUACCGCAUGAUCAUGCCCAUGGUGGACGCCAUCUUCGCCGACGUUGCCCAGCCCGACCAGGCGCGUAUCGUCGCUAUGAACGCCCAUUAUUUCCUCAAAGUCGGCGGCGGUAUCCUCAUCUCCAUCAAGGCCAACUGUAUCGAUAGCACGGCCCCUGCUGCCAAGGUUUUCGCGAGUGAAGUCGAGAAGAUGCGUGCGGAACGUAUCUCUCCCAAAGAGCAGCUUACGCUAGAGCCCUUUGAACGGGACCACUGCCUUGUUGCCGCCGAAUACAACCGCUACGGAAAAUAAGUAGGGUAAACGCACCAGGCGUUGAGCGCGGGGUGAAGUGGUGGACUGGGUUGAUGCAUCUGUACAUGUCACAAGAUUCCCACGAUGUUCAGGCUUUUUCUCAUUCCUCAGUCCUUUCUUUGGCUCUUUUUUUUUUUUU